AUACGCACCAUUUUGAACCGAGAUGACCUCCCUGAUGCUCUCCGUAUGUUCGACCGGAUCUCUGCCUCCUACAAUUCCCUCGUCGCCGUCUACGCUCACCGGAACCACGCGCGCGAGGCGCUCGCGGUGCUCUCCCGGAUGUUGGCUGCCGGCCUCAGACCCACUCGCUUCGCCUUUGCACCCCUUCUCUCCCUCCCUUCGCUCGAUCUCGACCGUGGCAUUCAACUGCACUCUCUGAUACUCAAGUCCGGGUUUCUACACGCCGACCCUUUCUCCGGCACCGCUUUGCUUGGCCUGUACGCGAGGAACGGGAGACUGGAUGAUGCGUUCGGUCUGUUCGAGGAAAUGCCCACCAAGACUGUCGUCACUUGGAACUCCACCAUCGCGGCGUUCUCCCGGCGCGGCUUCGUCGAGGAGUCCAUGUUCUUGUUCCGACGGCUGUUGGGAACUGGAAUGGGUCUGACGGAAUGCUCUUUUCUGGGCAUCUUGUGCUUUCUCCGCUCAUCGGAUAGCUUGCGGUGUGUGGAGCAAAUUCAUGGGCUCGCUGUGAAGACCGCGAUGGAUUCCUUCCUUGUCGUCGCAAAUGCUUUGCUUAAUGCACUCUCCACUUGCUCGGGAGUGCUCGCAGCUGAGCGGUUCUUCAACAGUUUGCAGACUCGGGACGUGGUUUCUUGGAACACGAUGAUGACAGGGUUCGCGAAGAGUAGUAUCCCGGAGAGAGCCUUGGAGCUCUUCUUCGCGAUGCAUGUCGAUGAAGUAUCACCCAGCGGGGCUACGAUCGCCACCGUGAUCAAUGCUUGCACCUGCUUCGACUCCGCAGAGUACGGCGAGCUCAUCCAUGCCAAAGCAAUCAAGCGCAAUCUUGACAACGACAUGUUCGUCGCCAGUUCGCUGAUCGACUACUAUGCAAAUUGGAAGAGGCUGCAGGAUGCGCACAAAGUGUUCGACGAGCUUCCCGUGAAGAAUGUAGUUUGUUGGAAUGCUCUCAUCUCAGGCUAUUCAAAGGAUGAUCCACCUACCUGUUUACUUCUUCUCAAGUCGAUGUUGCGAUCGGAGAAUAGACCAAACGAGCUGUCCUUCUCUUCUAUGCUCACGCGACUGUCUCCGGCCGAACUCCAGCAGCUGCAUUCAUUGAUCAUAAGAAUGGGACACGACAACAACGAGUAUGUUUCCAGUGCCCUCAUUGCCUCAUAUGAUUCUCCUGGCAUUUCAUCUGAUGCCUCCUCCUCUGUCAAAGAUGCUGAUCCAGUGGCUACCUCUACUGCUCGAUCAAAUGCUACAGCCAGUGUUCACAACAGAGCCGGUCGAUACCAAGAGGCACAGGAGCUGCUUCUCCGGCUGCAAACUCCUGACACCAUGUCAUGGAACAUCUUGUUGAAUGCCUGUGCUCGAAAUCGCGGCUACUCCGAAGCCUUGUUGUCGUUCAAACGCAUGCAAUCCUCUGGUCAUUCGAUCGAUAACUACACCGCGGUGAGCUUGGUGAGCAUCUGUUCAAGGAUCAACAGCCUGGAGCUCGGGAGGUCAGUCCAUGGGCUUAUCGUCAAGACCAUCUCUGGUUGCAUGGACACCUUCGUCUGCAACGUGUUGCUGGAUAUGUACGCAAAAUGCGGCAGCCUGGACGGUUGUCUGAAGGUGUUCGAUGAAAUGGGUGAUAAGAAGAACCUCGUUUCAUGGACGGCGCUGAUCUCAGGAUUAGGACUCCAUGGCUGCCCUCAUGAAGCGCUUGCGAGGUUUAAGCAGAUGGAGUCCGAAGGGUUCGAGCCCGACAGUGUCGCUUUCCUCGCAGUGCUUUCAGCAUGCAGGCAUGGAGGUCUUGUGGAAGAGGGGAUGCUGAUGUUGGAAAGCAUGAAGAGUGACUAUGGCAUUGAACCAGAGAUGGAUCACUAUGUGUGUGUGGUUGAUUUGCUAUGCAAAUGUGGGCAUCUAAAGAAAGCAGAGCUUGUGAUCAGUGGCAUGCCCUUUCAGCCAAAUGCUGUCUUAUGGCGCACCUUCCUUCGAGGAUGCAAGACAUUUGGUGGUCUGUUGACAUGAUCAUACUUAAGGAUGGAAGUAUGUCUAAAGUGCAACUGAAGUAGGACAAUAGACAACUACGAUUCAUUCUUUUGGAAGCAUGGUUUCAAAUUUCA